GCAUUUUGCUAUUUCCGAGUAUCUGCUCAGAUCGUUUGGUAGUGAAAGUACAGUCGAAAUUGCACCGAGCAACAUGUCGGAGUUGGAACAAUUGGAAGAAGCCUACUCACAGCUGGUUGAGUUUGUGAAGGAACUAGAAAAUGAUCCUGAUGAUGAUGCACCUGCGGCAACCGAACCAUCCAACGACGAGCCGAUCCCUUCCAAGGCCGUAGAAGUGGUAAUGCAGGCAACUAACAAGGUCGUGAAGUCUUUGUGUAUGUUUCACGAGUUUGAAAUGGUGCUUCAAGAUAAAAUAGCUUCUUUGCAUAUCAUCUCGAACGAGCUGAUGCUUACCGGGUUGCAUCUGCAGGAGCUGAACAAUGAGAUAGCGGAAACACGCAAAAAGGCCAACAAAGACAACUACGACAAAUUGUUCGAGAGCUGCGAACCGUUCGUAGCUUCGAUAGAGGAGCUUGAAACCGUUGCUGAAUAAAGAUGAAUUUAGUGUUGUA